ACGCCCAGCGGGGGGCGUGGCCGGGGCGUGGUCUCGGCGCUUUUCUCCGCUGCCCGCGCGCCCCGGGGCCCCACGCUGUCCGCCUCCGUAGUCCGGUCCGACUCGGAGCCGCUCGCCGCGAUGGAGCCCGCCGCCGAGAUCCUGGUGGACAGCCCGGACGUCGUCUACAGCGCCGAGGCCAUCGAGGCUCGCUACGAGUACCGGACGACGCGCGUCAGCCGCGAGGGCGGCGUGCUGCGGGUGCAGCCCACGGCUACGCGCUUCACCUUCCGCACCGCCCGGCAGGUGCCCCGGCUCGGGGUCAUGCUGGUCGGCUGGGGCGGGAACAACGGCUCCACGCUCACCGCGGCCGUGCUGGCCAACCGGCUGCGCCUGACCUGGCCCACGCGCACGGGUCGCAAGGAAGCGAACUAUUACGGCUCGCUGACCCAGGCGGGCACCGUGAACCUGGGUCUGGACGGGGACGGCCGCGAGGUGUUUGUGCCCUUCAGCGCGCUGCUGCCCAUGGUGGCCCCCAACGACCUGGUGUUUGACGGCUGGGAUAUCUCGUCACUGAACCUGGCCGAGGCGAUGCGGCGCGCGCAGGUCCUGGACUGCGGCCUGCAGGAGCAGCUGUGGCCGCACAUGGAGAGCCUGCGCCCGCGGCCCUCCGUCUACAUCCCCGAGUUCAUCGCUGCCAACCAGACAGCACGUGCGGACAACCUCAUCCCUGGCACACGCGCGCAGCAGCUGGAGCAGAUCCGAAAGGACAUUCGAGACUUCCGGUCCAGCGCGGGCUUGGACAAGGUCAUUGUGCUGUGGACCGCCAACACGGAGCGUUUCUGCGAGGUGGUCGCAGGUCGCAACGACACAGCCGAGAACUUGCUGCGCACUAUCCAGCUUGGCCUGGAGGUGUCGCCGUCCACACUUUUUGCUGUGGCCAGCAUCCUGGAGGGCUGCGCCUUCCUCAACGGGUCCCCACAGAACACACUGGUGCCCGGCGCCCUGGAGCUGGCUUCCCAGCGCCACGUGUUCGUGGGUGGGGAUGAUUUCAAGUCCGGUCAGACCAAGGUCAAGUCCGUUCUGGUGGAUUUCCUCAUCGGCUCUGGCCUCAAGACCAUGUCCAUCGUGAGCUACAACCACCUGGGCAACAACGACGGGCAGAACCUGUCGGCCCCGCAGCAGUUCCGCUCCAAGGAGGUGUCCAAGAGCAGCGUGGUGGACGACAUGGUCCAGAGCAACCGCGUGCUCUACGCACCCGGAGAGGAGCCAGACCACUGCGUGGUGAUCAAAUACGUGCCCUACGUGGGCGACAGCAAGCGCGCCCUGGACGAGUACACCUCGGAGCUGAUGCUGGGUGGGACCAACACCCUGGUGCUCCACAACACCUGUGAGGACUCGCUCCUGGCGGCGCCCAUCAUGCUGGACCUAGUGCUGCUCACUGAGCUCUGUCAGCGCGUGAACUUCUGCACCGACCUGGACCCCGAGCCUCAGGGCUUCCACCCGGUGCUGUCCCUGCUCAGCUUCCUCUUCAAGGCACCGCUGGUGCCCCCGGGCAGCCCCGUGGUGAACGCGCUCUUCCGUCAGCGCAGCUGCAUCGAGAACAUUCUCAGGGCCUGUGUGGGGCUCCCGCCCCAGAACCACAUGCUCUUAGAGCACAAGAUGGAGCGCCCAGGCCCGGCCCUCAAGCCGGGAGAGACGGCAGCCGCCAGCCCACUGCCACACAAGAAAGAGUCCACACCCGCUGCCACCAACGGCUGCACCGGUGAUGCCAACGGGCAUGCCCAGGCACCGGCUCCAGAGGUGUCCACUGCUUAAAUCGAGCGAUCCUUUCACCCCCAACCCUCCUCUCCUGAUGAAAUAAAGGGUCCCCAUCAGGCA